AUGGACGGUAUAUCUACAUAUCUAUACCAUGGCAAAUUAAGUGUGUGGGAGUGGCACAAGAUCAUUUUGUCACUAAAUGCAGGUAUAGCUACACAAUUGCUGCUCAGCCUAUUCAAGGUGAAAGGAGUUCUGCACUAUGGAAUAGCAGGAAAUGCAAAUCCUCAGCUUCAAAUUGGAGAUGUAACCAUCCCUCAAUAUUGGGCUCAUACAGGUCUUUGGAAUUGGCAGAGGUAUGGAGACGGACCUGAGGAUGAGCUAGCUUUAGAAUCCAAUGGAGACUACACCAGAACAAUCGGUUACCUUAAAUUUUCAGAUUACAACAAUGGCACAGAAUGCAGUAAGUCUUCAGAGAACCUCCUCAACAAUGUCUGGUAUCAGCCUGAAGAAAUAUUUCCAGUGAAUGGAAUUCCUGAGCAGAGGCAGCAUGCCUUUUGGGUUCCAGUCAACAAGCAUUACUUUGCCGUUGCAGAAAGAGUUCAGGCUUUGAGCCUUGGUAGAUGCGUUAAUACAACUUGCUUACCAAGAAAUCCAAUGGUGGUGAGAGUAAAAAGAGGGAUCAGCGCUAAUGUCUUUACGGACAAUAGAGCUUAUCGAGAAUUCUUAUACUCCAAGUUCAAUGCAACUGCAAUCGACAUGGAGACCGCUGCAGUCGCUCUGGUCUGUCACCAACAAAAGAUGCCUUUUAUUGCAUUUAGAUCCUUGUCUGAUUUAGCUGGUGGGGGUUCUGCCUUGUCAAAUGAAGCUGCUGUGUUUACCACUUUGGCAGCCCAAAAUUCAGUCAGUGUUCUACUUGAAUUCAUUUCCCUAUUAUCUUCAUAAGAAUAUGCACCUUUUCUUCUAAGACAUCCUGUUUGGAUUUUUAAAUUUCUAAUUUGAUUUCUGAUAGUUACUAGUACAAUUAUGUAAGUUCCAACAUCCUUGAGAACAUUGGGUCUUAUUUGUAUUUGAUAGCAUUCGUUUGAAAGGCUUGUA